CCUUUAGGUAGAGAUCCCGCCGAGAGGAUAAGCUUCGGUGCUAAACAAAUUCUUUGUGAUAUUGGAAAGUCUUGAUGGGGGACAUCAAUGGCCAAAGUCGGAGGAUCACCUUGACGAUCUCACAACCCCGAAAUAUCAUUGUCCUAGUUAAAGGAUAUCACCACGUCUUCGACUAAUUUGGAAAUUUCAGGAUUGUGAACAAUGUGCACACCACUCGUUAGAUUGCUUGGACCUGUGGCAAUGGAUCCUAUCGUUAUAUAGAGAAGAGGUUUCUUCUGUUCUUCCAAUUCCGUUGACUCUUCUUACGCGCUACGAUGUCAUACCUCACUCCUGCCCAGAUCCUCGACCAAGCAGCUUAUAAAUAUGCCAGCGGUGAAUACCAACCGCCUCAAUGUAGGGCAUCUACAAAUAUGGGGGUCGUACCUGCGCAAUUACACAAGGAAUCACCUUACUAUUCUACUUCCAGGACUUCUCAAGUUGAAAGUCUAAUCUCGUCGCACUAUGCAGGUCAAAAUUCCCGACAUGAUUCCAACGCCUCCCGCCCAGCUCACCAUCAUCAUUCCGCCACAUCUGUCCAGCGUCAAAGGUCAAUGCCGAUGAUAGGAUUCAGCGGGGGGCCCUCUUAUGCACCGUCAAUUCCGGUGACCUCGUCUGAAAGCCACGAUCCAUAUCCGAGCAUGUCUUCGGUCGUUCCGGCUCCGCUUUCAGAGAGAAGAAAUUCUCAGGAUACGAGUCCUUUCCAUGAAUGUACUCAUAUGAAACACAAGGGGAGUGGCGGGGGAACGUCGUACGCAUAUCCUGAUUAUCUCAACCUUCCUCCGGAUUAUCGGAGCGCCUCUAAGGAUACCCACAGGCAGUUCGAGUACCCUGGUUAUUUGAAUCUUCCGCCAGGGUAUAGCCGUGACUCUAAUAAUAUUCAGAAACAGACCAAGUAUCCUGAUUACUUGAAUCUACCUGAAGAAUAUCGAACAAGUCAGGCUCAGCAUGGACCUAUUCGGUCGUCUGGGUACCCCGGACAUACUCAGAAUCCUUAUCCCUUCACUUCAUCGAGCCACCAUCCUGCCCAGUCGAUUGAACCCCCCAAGCGACGUCGAGGUGAUCCUCAACUCAAUCGUUAUCCUGCCGAUCCGUUUCCCAUCGUCCAAGACGGCCGGGGCCCCACUAAUCACAUUCGUGUGCCGCAAAGAGUCUUUUACGACGAAACAGAUCUGAACCGUUGCAUGUCUUAUAGCAAGCCCAUAACGUUCAAGAUGAAGAAUUUUGCGGAACUCGGUGUCCGUCUGUUCGACUGCCUGGAUGAAAACCACUUCAGGCAUCCAAACAUUGAGGACAAGGAUGCUAAGCUUUUUAGCACCGACGAAGUCUACCGAGAGAUGAGGCUGAAGAUCUUGUGGCCUGGUUAUUCCGAGUAUCCAUUCACACGACGGAUCAAUAUACGCAAGGGAGAAAUGACGAGGAUAUCUAUGCUGUUCAACGUUGCGACUGCUAUUGCAGAUUUUGUCAAGAAGGUUCAGAGUGAUCGUGAUUGCACUUGUGAACGUGGUUUGGAGAUGUGGAAACUGACCGGUCGAGAGCGUCUGAACGUUGAUCAAUUCAUCUUGACUGGACUGGUUCAUCGUGGAGGUCCCAAUUGGCAGCCAGAGAUCUGGUGCCCUACGUUUACUUGAGUCAAAAGUCUUGCGUAAUUUCAAAGGAUGUAAUAUAUACAAUUCUGGACAAACUCAUAUUUUGUUCUAUCUUCUUCGUAUUUUAGUACUACUGUCGAUUGGCUAUCGAUACACACUGCGGCAGGGUCAUUCUUCCACCCCUUUCACCACCUUCCAAUAUUACAACGAUAGAUUCUGAGACUAUUUCGGACGACAUAGGAUCCCAUCCUUUAUCGGAAGCACCUAUCAGCACCUAUCUCAAAUAUAUGCUGAGAAGGAAUGACGAUCGGUAGCUUGAGAAAAGGGCCGGCUUUGAUGCUUCUUAGAAUUCUACCACCUGUCUAACACAACUUGUCUCCAAAACUAGUUCA